UUAAGAAAACUGUUUUACCUCAAUUGAAGGAGCACCAAGAAGCUGUGAUAUCUUUGAUUGACCAAUAUUUAAAAGCUGUUUGUAAAAUCUACAGUGGGCAGAAAGCAAUAAGGGUGAAGCAAGCUAUUGACAGACAAAAAAUGCUGAGGUUAGAAAGUGAUUUUAAAGAAAGAAAAAGUUCUGUUGGAGAAGACACGUUUCCUAAACCACUAGAAGUUGAAAACACGAAACCAUCUUCUGGUUCAGAGCUAGCUUUGGUAAAUGACUACGUAGCCACAGAACCUCAAGACUUGGACAUUUCUCCAGAAGAAUUUCAAAUGUUUGAAGAAGAAAACCAAAGAUUGUAUGAUGACAUGAAUACACUUGUUGAUGAAGUUCGAGAAAUAGAAGGAAAAGUGGUAGAGAUAGGAAAGUUGCAGCAAAUACUUUCUGAAAAGGUUCUUCAGCAGGAUCAAGACAUAAAUAGGAUAUCUGACACUGUUAUGGGCACAACAGAGAACAUUAAAGAAGGAAAUGAAGAAAUACGUGAAGCAAUGAAGAAAAAUGCCAGUUUCAGAGUGUGGAUUUUGUUUAUUCUAAUUGUGUUGUCCUUUUCCUUACUCUUUUUAGAUUGGUAUAGCCCUUAAGUAAAAAAAAAAUAUUUAAUUGUACAUAUAUUUAAUAAAAAAUAUAUAUUUUAUUUCACAUGAA